AAAAAAGUUGAUAGCAGCAUGACUUCGCAGACUAGUAGAUCCUUUUUACAUUCGUGCCUCAAGGUACCCAUAGAUCCAUGUAAUAAUUGUCCAGCGCCAAUUUAUAAUCGGCCGAAACUAUAUUUGGGUCGAAUGACAGCAACGCCGUUAAGCGUCACAAACAAGUCGCUGAAUGCAAGUGAAUUUGAAAAUGUUGACUCAACGUUGGCGAACAGUGGAAUACGUUCCUUAGCGAAACUUUACGACAGCAUACCAGACUAUUGCGAUAUUAACCAUCUGCCAAAUGAAGAAUUUUAUUCCACGCUGGACACUUUACGGUCCACUUGUUGUGAACUGCGCACCAAAUCUGCUCCGAGAUGUGUGGUUGAGGCGAGCGGCACCACAUCAUCCAUGUCUUCCCAUUGCGUCAUUGUAAAGCGGGGCAAAUCUACGAAGCUUACAAAGAGUAAACCUUCAACUGGUAAAGGUAGCGAUAAAAAGAAAGCUGAAAAAUAUAACAACCAAGAAGUUUAUGAAAACUCGCGCUCUGUGUCCGGAACUCCAUUCAGCAUUGCUCAGAAAAUGGACUUUACGAGGCGAAAUAAGAUUAAAAAUUACAAAGAAGAGUUUGAGGAUGAAGUUAAAGCAUUCCAAAACACAAUAAAAGACAUUGAAGAGGAACUCAAGCAAAGUCAUGCGUUCGCCUCUUUAUCGGAAUCGAAGGGGAGAACAACCAAAAUCAACCCGAACAUAUUUCCAAGUGCAGGCAAUGAUGUGAAAAAGUGUGCAGAUAAGUAUGAAAAGAGAUUUGUUCCAGACCAUAAUUACGCCACCAUGUUUUACUUUUACAGGGUCCCAACCACACCUAGUGUAUCAAAGUUUCGCGAAUUUUGUAGGCAAACUGGCGAUAACAUACGCCCCAGUUCCAAAACGAGUACCGUUAGCUUGCGAAAAUUUUUGAGAAAAUCUUUUUCCUUCAACGACAUCAAUAGCAUAGUCGAUUGCAAUGAAAGCGAGAAUAUUGAAAGCAAGAAACGUUUAGAUAAAUCCACAGAAACUCAAAUUCUUAUAAAUCGCACACCUUCGAAAUUCAGCAGUUAUUUCACCCAAAAAUCAGGACUUACCUCGCCAGUGAAGAGCCCACCGAAAAUAGUUUUGGAACCACCGAGUAGUGAAACAACUUCUGUGAAGUCUUCAAGCCGUUCAAGUGGUAGACGAAAGAAGAGGAUCAAAGACAAAAAGCAACAAAGAGAUUUUAAAGUGCCUUUCUCAAUAUUCAACUUGGACACAAAAAAGGAUAUUGAAAAGCAUGCAACUCCAUCGCCCUUACAUCCAGUGGCGCGGCCCAACCUCGCUGCAACAUUAAGAGCUGAGGUAUCGAAAAAGAAACUCAAAGAGUUGCAAAACAGCUGCACAUAUUACGAUAGCACAAAGCAGUUUGAUUGGGAAGUGCGCAAAACACCAGCGUGGAAAUCGCUGUCUCUCAAUGAAUCCCACAAAGAGAUACUGUCUAUGCGUUUAGCCACUCGCAAAGCAGAACAGGCAAUGCAACAACGCGAAUAUGAACUAAACAUGGAAUUAAUGCGUCAGCGCGUCAAAUCGGCACCACUACUUUUGGAAGGCACCACAUUUUGGGGUCCUCAUAUAGGCAAGCUCACACAUACCUGCCAACGCGAAGGCUUGAGUCACUGUUGUCAGUCGAAUCAACGCAAGGCGCGUUGUAAAAGCGCCGAUAGUCGUAGAAAACUUUGCACCCGUGAAGGCACCGGUAGCGAAUGCAGUCAAAAGAGUAGCAAAUUAAAUUUGUUACAUAAAAUAUAUGGUGUUAGUACAAAGACACACUCGCGAAGUGCAACACAAACGCCAGUCGCAAAGAAAACGUCGCUGUCCGCUGAAAAGGGAAAUUCAGAGCGGACACAGGUGGUGCACACGCAGAACGAUAGUGGUGAUGAGCUAUCUAGUUUAGAUAGAGCAUUCUUGUAGUUAAAAAAGUUGUAGUGUAUUUUACUUUUAAAUUAAAUAAUUGGCUAUUUGAUAAAUACAAAACACAACAUGAUGUGAUGUUAUCUUAAUUAAUCAUA